UGUAAUCAAAAUAAAUAUUUCCGAAGAUCCGGAAUCAUCAUGGCGGCGAAGAUGUCGUCGCAAAAUUUCUUUCAGCAGCAGACGAAGUACGGUGCUGGUCCGUCAAAUGGACCAGCACCGAUUGAUGUCAGCCCUGAACUUCAUCUUAAGAUGUCAAAGAAGAUAGCACAGCUUACUAAGGUUAUCUAUGCAUUGAAUACGAAAAAUGAUGAGCAUGAGGCCAUGGUUCAGAGUUUGAAAGACAGUCAUGAAGAAGAACUACAGCAACUUAUGGGAGAGACCAAACUGAAGAUCACAGUGUAUCAGAGCAAACUCGGCAAAGAGCUUGAGCUCCAACAGAGGGUAAACAAACUUGAGGCAGAAGCUUCCGAUUUUGAGAGACAGAAGCGGGAAUCGCACGCAGAUUUCAGCGAAUUCAAGCGAAAUAGCGAGGUGAGGGAAGGGAACCUUCGAGCAGAACAUUCUCAAAAGUUACUUGGUCUGUCCCAGGAUUUGUUGGGGGUGAAGAGGGACUUUGAAGACAGGUUAAGACAGUUUGGGGAUGGGAAGGAAAAACUAGAUCAGGAGAAAGUCGCCGCUCUAGAAGGGCUUCGGGCGAAACACAGGGAGGAGAUAGAAGCAAUACACAAAGCUCAUCAGGCGCAGCAGUCCGGGUCAUCAAGCGAGGUUGCAGAACUUACCAGAAGACAUGAAGCAGAAGUGACAAGAUUAAAACAGGAGUGUGAAAGCUUAUCUUCGGAAAAAUCCCACCUUGUCGAGGACUAUGAAUCAAAGCUCGAAAAACUCAAAGCAUUCCACGAGCGAGAGAUCUCAGCUCUCCGAGAUGGGGAGUCUCGGAAGCAGGAGCAGGAGUGGAAGGAGAAGGAGGAGGCAUUGCGGAAAACAUUUGCUCUGAAGGAGCACAAUCUGAACAAUAAGGUACAGGAGCUUACAGCAGAGCUGGCUGUGUCUGAUGAGGAUCUGUCCAAGUAUAAAGAUUUGUUGAAGAAGGCAGAGGCUGCCCUAGAUAGCAGAGAAGGAGAUGCUCAUGGUCUCACCCAACAGCUUCGUGAUUCACGAAUAGAAGCUAACAGUGCAAUGACAAGAUUAAAAGAGGUCGAAGGUGAAUUGGCAGCCUCAAGAGAAAGAUGUGAUGGACAAGCUGCAGAUAUGGUCAAAAAAUCAAAUCUUAUUGGCACAUUCGAAGCAACACAACUCAGCAAUGCAGCCACUAUCAAAGAUUUGGAGUCUGACCUGUCCAGGUUACAAGACAAGGUGCAAUGGUUAGAGAAGGAGAGAGCCUCCCUAGAAUCCAGCAAACAAUCUCUCAAUCAACAACAAUCUGGUCAGCUCAAAUCACUGGAAAAAGCUCUUGAAGACCUUUCCAUCGAGAAACAGGUCUUGAAGGAGCGAUAUGAAAGCGCUCUUGAAGCAGCAAAGAGCCAGGGCCAAGAGGGCCUGGCUAAUCUUCAGAAGGACCAUGACAGUAAGAUGGACCAGGUCCUACAGGCACACAAGGCUGAGCUAGAAAAACAACAGAAAGAGGCGGCUGCAGAGUUGGCUCGAUUAAAACUGGAGCUUGAGAAUAAGCUGGAGUCGACGCAGGAGCACCUGAGCGGGGAGCGCGACACCCUCCAGACCAAGCUCAACCACCUGGAGGCGGAGCUCACCACCAAGCUCAGGCACGCAGAGGGAGAAGUCCGUCGGCUGGAGGGGAUCCUCAACAACAACGAGAAGGGGCUGGGCUCCGCCAACAGCAGGAUCAGCUCCCUCCAGCAGACCAAUGCUCAGCUCCUGGAGAACCUGGAGAAAGCUCAGAAGGAGGGGAGGGAAACAGGGAGCCAAGCUUCCGCAUUCAAGACUGAGCUUGAGAAGUUGAAGCACACCCAUGCCACCAAGAUGGCCGAGUCAAGAGAAGAGCUAAAGACCAAACUAGACAAGCUUUCUCAUGAUCUAGAUACAAGGUGGACAGAUACACUCAGGAAAGAGUGUGAGAAGCUUCGUAGUGAGCUCACCGAACAACAUGAUGAGGACAAACAGGCUGCUCUCAAACAGCUGACUAGUCUCAAGAACCAGGAGUUGGAUGCAAGCAAACAAGGCUGGCAGAAAAAGCUCACUGAACUCCUACAAGAGAUUUCCAGCCUGAAGGAGCGCUUGACCAGCAAGUCGGAGCGGUCACUGGAGGAGAUGGCUGCCCUGCAGAGGAAGGCUGACCAGGAGAUCAAUCGGCUCAAGUUUGAGAUGACCACUGCCAAGGAGAGCCAUAGCAAGACACUGAGUGACCUCCAGGCUGCACAGGAGAAAGAGAGAACGAGGAUGAUGGAGGAACAUAAGAAGGCAUUGGAGGAAUUGGAGAAGAGCCUGAGGAAUGCACAGAAGUCAGCUGUGGACUCUGAGCAGAAGACCCGCCUUGAUGAACUCCAGAGACUCAAGGCAGAGAUGGACCAAACCCGUCUUAGUGAGCUGGACAUGCAAGCCACAGAGCAUAGAAAAGCAAUAGAGAAGCUGAGACUUGAGAUGACCCGUCGGCAAUCAGCUGAGUUGGACCAGCUUGCCAGAGCUCACCGCACCCAGAUGUCUGCUGCCAAGAUGGAGCUGGAUAGGGCUAUUGAACUCAAACAGAGACAGGAGCGUGAAUACGAUAUGCGAAACCAGGAGUUGAAGGAAGACGUCCAGCAGCGUGACCGUCACCUGGACAGCAAGGAAGGUCAACUCCAUGACCUUCGGAAAGAGAUGUCAAAGGUCAAGAAGGAAAUUGAGUUCAAGGUUCAGGAGGUCCAGAAGAUCAAAUCAGAAGCUGUCGCUCAUCUACGGAAACGAGAGCAGGCCCUUCUCAAGAUGCACCAAGACAAUCUGGACAAAGCAGCCGCUGAGCACCUGAGGGAGACGCAAGCAAUGCUGACAGAGUUCAACAAGGCACAAGACCUACUCAAAGACAAGAUCUCUGCCCUGCAGAUCAUGCUGGAGGAAGCAGAGGAGAGGUAUCACUCCAGAGACUCUAGACCUGAGGAUAUCCAACAGAUCGCCAGACUCAGAGACAUGAUAGCAGAGAAGGAACAAGCCGUCAAGAAACUCAUCGAUGACAAGAGGUUCUUCCAGAUGGAGCUCAUCAACAGAGAGACCAAUUUCAACAAAGUUUUUAACGCUAACCCCAAUAUUGGAGUUUUAAAUCCACUUGCCACCAAGAAAAAGAGGGGCAGCGUUCCGGAUGACCCCUCCUCCCAGCGCUUCAUCAGCGCCCCCAACUUGAAUCUAGCUGGAGGAGGUGGAGUGACCGGUACCAAGAACUUUGGUCUGACAGGAACAUCUUCCAGUGCCACCAGUCCUGGGUCCAACGCCCGUCUCCACCCCCUCCCGGAUUCACCCAUCCACGACUUCCAACUGAACCCAAAGAGACCGCUUCAAGACGGUGCUGUGUUGUUUCCGCCCAAACCACCGCGUACAAAGAAGUUUGUCAGCUCGUAAUACGAUGUGUUAAAGGACAGUAUUUAUUUAUUACUCUCGCCAUCAGUAGUGCUUGAAAGGAAUGUAUUAACAUGUUGUUGCUUUUUUUUUUUUUGGGGGGGGGGGGGGUCCUCAAGGGGUUUAAACAUGUAAUAGUGACAGGUUUGACUUUUCAUUAUACCUGUUCAGGUUAAAAUUCAGCGACAGGUUAAUGUUCAUCCUCAACCAAAAUUAUUUAUUAAAUAUUAGACAUAAAAAUAUUUUUGAAAAUGCUUCCAAAUAUGGAUCAGAUUGCACCAGAGUGCAUCUAAAAACCUUAUCGCCUUUAAGCAAGCCCUGAAUCCCAACCUCAAGGGACUUCUUGCUUCGGAUACACCAGGGCCCUUUUCACAAAACUUGUCAUCAGUGACAAAUGACAGUUUUUGUUAUAAGCUCCUGAAAUCCUUGCUUCUGAUUGCAGAUUUGUCACUGAUUUUUUGUCAUUUGUCAUUGAAAAAAGGCUUUGUGAAAGGGGUCCUGUUCAUACCCAUGUUACAAUUUUGCAUGUUUCAUUUUUGUGUGUGGACCACCCUGACAAAAGAGACCAACCACCUAAUUAGAAGGAAAAAAUUGUAUACAGCAAUUUAAUAAUACUUUCAUAUUAUCCUUUGUUUUCUUCAUACCUACUGUAAGACCAGAACAUUUCAUGAAUUAGGUGAUGACAACCGUUGAAAUGGCAAGAAAUUGUCAUGAUUUUCAAAAAUUUGUUGUUAAUAUUUUUCAGCAUGAAAAUUGUGCAAAUCUGUACCAUUUUCAAAAGUUUCUGGUUUUAUAUUAUUGCUUACCCUUGAACUCGCAGAAUGCGGAGUAAAUUACAGGAAAAUAGUAUUGGUCUAUUUUAUACAUAGUACAUAGUAGCUGUACACACAUUACCUUUAUAGGUGGAUUGUCUCCAUCGAAGGCUACUAUUUAUGAUUUUUCCCUCCGUCCAUAGUGCUAGCCUUUUCUUCCAUAGUAUGUGUAGUAUACCAAAGAGAAUGGAGGUUUUCAUUUCGUUUUGCGAUCUGUAUUCUUGUUGUUCAUUCAAUACGGUCAUUUAUGUGUGAUUUACUUCAUAUCAGAUAUUGGUGUUAAAAGAAGCAAUGGGAAAAGCCUACAUGAGAGUUACAUUAAAGUGAGUAAUAAAUAAUAAUAAUAAUAAAAACGGUGCUUAUAAAGCGCUUACCACCGAAAUCUCUAUACUCUAUCUAUGUACCACCAAUGCUUCAAAAUAUGUUGGUGUUAAAGUGAUAACCAUGGCUUCCAUUGUCUGAGUAAUUGAGGCAAAUUCAAAGUUACACUGAAAGGAUAACAAAUCAACAAUGUAUGGCUGAUCUGAAAUUGUAAUGGAAGGAGUAGUUUAAUGCAGAAAUAAUAUUAUUUAAUCUGACUGCUUCUUAUGGCUCAGAUUCAUAUGUAACCAAAGGUAUGUUUUAUGCCUCCACCCACCGAAGGUUAUUGUAGGCUUUUUUUGUUUUCAUUGUGAUAUGUCACAUAUAAUUCCAUCCAUUUCCAAUACUGAAUUUACAGCGGAGUCAUAUCAUAUAGGAGACGCAGUCGUCUUGUUUAAUGCUGAUUCUGACAUAUCAGCUCCUUUUUGUAGUCAGGUUUUCUAAUCAUUUAUGCUAAAAGUAGAUUUCCAAAUCAACCUUGCAAUAUAUGGUAUUCACACUUCACAGGUGCAAAAUGUUAUCAAAGCAUGGAAAAACAGUGAGGAUUUUGAUUCAUUUCCAAAGAUUGCGAGUGAAUUUGUUCAGGAAUGUUUCAACCUAUAUACAUGUAUAUAUCAUCAAACAUUGUAUUAAUUUUCUGGUGUAUAUUUGCAAUUUUGUGCUGCACAGUUUUGAUGUCAUGCUGGUAUUAAUUUUGCUGGUCAUAAUGAUUAAACAGUUGGGGGUAAUACUAUUCCUGCUCUUUGAUAUUUUUGCAAGAAUUGUGAUUUUAUACUUCCAAGGUGCCUAACCUACCCAUCGAAGUUCCGUCCACAUAUUGCCAAUGACGAAUAGUCCAAAGAGAUAGGAAAAUUAUUGGAGUUACCGAGUCUUUGCACUGUGUAAUUUGUUGAAUUACUGUGUGAGUUUAAUUAUUUUAUUUGACAUAUAUAUUAUUUGAUGUAUAUGAUAUAAAUAUAUUAGCUAAACUUAUGAUAAAUUUGAUGAAACAGAUCAUAUAUAUCCGUCCGUUUAUAACAUUUCAUUGAAGAUUACACACUGCUAAAUGUCAUGC